GCGUACAGACACUGAGUGGGGAUCAGCAGCAAAUGUAAGGUGCUGUGGGAGCAGAUGAUGGGUUGAGGUCACCUACAACACAUGAGGAACAUGGAUACCAAAAGUCUUAGACCUUGUGCCGUCUGGUAAGAUUUAGAUGAGACUCCGUCCACCGGGAGCUCCAAGAACGGCCACGUUUUCCCAAAGAUGGAUCUGCAGGAGCGGGAGGCGGGUGGUCAGGAUUCACCCGCCACCGUCAGGGAUCACGUGUACGACAACCACAUCAGUGCAGAGGCCGAUGUCCCUGAAUUUGGGCUUCUAAACACAACAAGAAAAUGUGUGAAGCCGAUGAACUUCCAGGAAGAGGUGCGAGCCCACAGGGACCUGGACGGCUUCCUGGCCCAGGCCAGCAUCCUCUUGGAUGAGAAGGCUGCGACUCUGGACGAGGUCCUGAGGCGGAUGCUCACUCGCAUGGUGGAGGACGGACACCACGACAGCAGCUGCAGCGCGGACGAGGUCGUGAACUCGCUGUUCACCGACGCAGGAGGAAAGGACUUUAGUGUCCACCUUCUGUCAGAGACCAUUCAGGGAGUGACAGCUACUUCAGCUGGUUUCCAGUACCAGCAGUCCUGGCUUUGCAUUCUCUCCACUGUGAGACGCCUGCAGAGACGCUUUGUCAGUGUGGCCCGUUUGGAGAAACCACAGAACUGGGGCAUUAACUGCUGCGAGGCCCGCUACAUCAUCCUGAUCCUAGCUCCUCCCAGAACGAAAAGCACCAAGACGGCCCUUGAACUCGGUCGAACCUUUGCCACGAUGUUCUCAGAUAUUUCCUUCCGGCAAAAGCUUCUGGAGACUGAGACCGUGGAGGAGUUCAAACAGGAGCUGGUCCACCGGCGACAGCAGCUCUCUACAGCCAAGCCAGCGACAGAGGGAGUGGGGGCCUCAGAUCCAUGUACAGACAAACCCCUAAAGUGCAAAGACUUCCUCAGAGCUGGUAAAGGCGUCUAUGACGACCUGCGCCGCAGACUCCCUCUCUACCCGUCAGACUUCACAGACGGUAUAACUGGGACAGACCGCUCUCUGCUCAAGUACAGCACCACGGCCGUCUUCCUCUACGUCGCCAUCCUGCUGCCCGCCAUCGCCUUCGGCUCGCUCAACGACGAGAACACGCGGGGAGGAAUAGUCAUCAGGGGCAUCUGUGACGACUACAGCCUCGACUUCGCCGCCGUCUACGCCUGCAUCGGCUUAUGGAGCGGCCUGUUCCUCAUCCUCGGAGCCUUGUUCAAUGUCAGCCUCCUGAUGAAGCUCUUCAAACGCUCGACAGAAGAAGUCUUUGCGCUGUUCAUCUCCAUAGCGUUUGUUGGGGAUGCAGUGAAAGGCACCAUCAAAAGUGAGCGGAGACAAGUUUUCCAGCACUUCUACCACGGGCCCACGCUGGUGACCACAAACGCCUCGUCGGCGCUUCACAUCAUCAUGCAGACGCCUGGAAACCAGACUGCAGGCUCACUAGGACCAGCCGGAGGUCAGGGGUUGCUCCUCCUGCCCGAGCAGCUGGUGUCAUGCACCAGAGACCGUCCCGUCCUGUGUUUGCUGCUCAUGUUGGGCACGUUGUGGCUGGGUUACACCCUUUAUCUCAUUAAGAGGAGCCCGUAUCUGAACCCCAGAAUCAGAGAGGUGGUGUCUGACUGCGCUCUGCCUGUCUCGGUGCUGAUGUUCUCCUUCAUCGGCUCCUACCUUUUCUCCGACAUAAAGCUUCCUGUGUUCAGUGUGCGCGACGGCCCUGUCUUCAGCUUCCCAGCGCUCGACCAGCUGACAGGGAUGAACGCGCUGAGCGCAGCCGGGCUGGGCUUCCUCCUGGCGCUGCUCAUCUUUAUCGACCAAAACAUCGUCACCUCGCUCACACACGUCCCAGAACACAAGCUGCUGAAAGGCCCCGCCUUCCACUGGGACCUUAUGGUGACUGGCUUCAUCAACGUCCUCAUGUCCUGCCUGGGGUUGCCAUGGAUGCAUGCUGCCUUCCCACACUCCUCCCUGCACGCCCGUCAGCUGGCCAGAGUGGAACAGCACGUAGAGAGCGGACGCCUCCACACGACCAUCGUCAGCGUGAGGGAGACGCGUGUGACGGCGCUGGCGGCCAACGUGCUGAUGGGCGUGUCCGCCUUCAUGCUGCCCGUCCCGCUGCAGUGGAUCCCCAAGCCCGUCCUCUACGGCCUCUUCCUCUACAUCGCGGCCACGUCGCUGGACGGGAACCAGAUGGCGGACCGCAUGGCUCUGCUGCUGAAGGAACAGACGUCCUAUCCUCCUGCCCACUACAUCCGGCGCGUCCCUCAGAGGAAGCUCCAUCUCUUCACCGCGCUCCAGAUGAUCCAGCUGGUCAUCGUGUGCGCCUUCGGGAUGCAUCCGCUGCCCUACAUGAAGAUGGUCUUCCCCCUUCUGCUGAUGCUGCUCGUCCCCGUCAGGUGCAGCCUCCUCCCCAGAGUAAUUGAUGCCAAGUAUCUGGAUAUCAUAGACGCUCAGCACAUGUAGAGCAGCCCCUCCCACCAUCACUUUACUGUGAAAUAAGCAUAAGAGACUGAAAAUGAAAUCAAAGAUAAUGAAAUGCGUUUGUAGUGAGAGGCUGAUCGUUGAUGCUCCUACAAUGUAACAUGAUUUUCUCUUGUGCAACACACAUUUAACGUCACUGUCUCUGGUAUUUACCACUAUAAUCCCUGAAGGCGUUUCUUCACAUCGCUCUGACAGCACAUGUUAAACAAACGUCCUCUUCCUGGCAUCCACCUGAGAUUCACGCUAACACUGAAGAGGUCAAAUGUAAGAAUCAUCUCAUUUCAUUAUGAAUUAUAUUAUAUAUAUUGUUUUUAUAUUAUUAGGAGGUUUCCUAGCAACACAGGAGCUCAGUAUUCUGAGAUCCAUGACAGAUGCUGGUGUUCAGAUUUUGAGAAGAUUUACACACGAAUUACACUAUUAGGAGUAAUUAGUUCUGUGCAGGGAGUAAAUGAAGCUGUGGCCAAACAAAUAAAACAAUUAAAUGGACUAAAUGAACA